UGCGCACAUUCCACUUUGUAGUAGAGCAAUCCGUUACUAGUUGUAGAACAGAUGAAUUGUUAAUCGUGUUAGCUAACUUUAUGACAAAGAAGGCAAUUUAAAUAGUUAAGUUAGCUAGUAGUUAAAUUUACACGGUACGGUAUGUUUUGAUGAAACCCACGGUCACCACCAUGUUCGAUUUCAUGGUGCUUUUUUCAUUGUUUUAUGAUAUGAUAUGUCACAAUAUAUUCCAUCGAAUAAAAUCUAUGAUAGUAGUUAACCUGGUUUAUAAGGACGGGGCCAUAAAUUAAUUUUAACACUAAGUUUAGAAAUCACCCAUUAUUUCGAGUGGUUACCACGGGCAACGCAUAUCAGAAACUCGCCUCCACCAAUCACAGAAUGAGAUACUGCAAACGAACCAAUCUGGGGAAUCGUUUGUCCAUCCAAACAGCCGUCCCCUCGACAGACAAAAGUCGGGAUUUAUCUUGGGGAAACUCCGAGCUUGGCACGAAGAGGACAAAUGAUGCCCAGGUGAUAGGAAAUGGAGGGAGGCCAAGAGUGCGGACGCCGUGGAUUCCCCCAGGAAGACUGUCUUACCGAAGAGAUGUGGGCUCAUACAAGUGUGAGGUCUCUAGGAACAGAAUGCAGCACCUACCAGAAAGUGAAAGCGGACAUCAACACGAUUCAGAGGAGCAGGAAGAGGAGCUGGCAGCAGUGUCCAAAAACCUCAGUAUCCUACUCAGAGAGCAAGAAAACAUUUGUCGUUUAAAUAAGUCAGAUUGCAAGGGUCAACACAGAGAGACAGCCGUGCUCCUGAGAGCACUUAUAGAAGCAGAAAUUGACGGCGUAGCAGUAACCAAUCAGCUGACAGCUCUGAAAGAAACUGUCGACAGCCUUGCUAAGGACAAGCGACUAUCAAUAUUGCAUGCAACUUCACUGGGGCGGCAGCAGGACUUGCUGUUCGAGAAGAUAGAGAUGUUUGACCACACGAAUCACAGCCUUCGAGAGCUCCUCAGAGAGUGGAGUGAAUAUGAGAGAGAAUCACUGAUGUGGUCAGAACAGAAAGAUGCCUUAAAAAAGAGAAUCGCUGACAGUGAAGCAGAGAAUAUUCGACUUUUGGCCAAAGUCACCAACAAGGAGAAAGAGGCAUCUAAGCUUGCUGAGCACUUGGACUUUGAAAAGGACAAAGCGAAGACGACAGAGGAGCUCUCAAGAAUCCUGCAGUCAACCCGCAACCAUCUGGAAUCCGAGCUGAACAGAGCGGAAGAUGAAAAAGCCCAUCUGGCUGCUCAGAUUCAGAGGAUGCAGCAGAACCAUGAGCAGCAGCAGGAGGAGCUGCUGACUCUGCAGGAGGAGCUGCAGAAUCUGAGGCAGCGGAGAGAGGAGGAGAAAGAAGAGGAGUGGCGGCAAGACAAGGAGGCGCUCGCCCUGCUGACCGAGCAGGCUGAGCAGACCGAAGAGUCGGCCAGACAGCUUGGGGUUAAACUGCAGGAGAAGGAAUCCCAGUUGGCUCAAGCUCUGUCCACCUCCAGUGAGUGGUGCCUCCGCCACUCUAAAGAGGCAGCUGCCAAAGGACAACUGGAAGAAGAGAUUUUUGCUCUCAGACUACAAGUGACUGAGCUGAACUCUCAGCUUCAUUCGGUGGAGGAGAGGAGUCGGACGGAGAGGGAGGAGCUCAGAGAUCAGCUCCAUCAUCUCAGUGCUGAAAACGCCUCUGCCAAGCUGGACAACCAAAGGCUCGAGGAUCUGAUGACGUCAUCUGAGGAGAAGCUCAGAAGUCUGCAGUCUGAAGCCCGUCAGCUGAAAUCAUUAAUCAAAAAGCAUGAAAACCUGGUGGAGAAAUAUAAGAAAAAGGUCCAGCAGGCUCGUCUGGAAUCGGAGGAGUACCGCCUGAAGCUGGAGAUGACCCAGAAGGAGGCGUGGGAGGCGAAGCUGAGCCUGGAGAGGGAGAAGGAGCAAGUGAAGCGGGAGCUCCUGGGCCGACUCAGAGACCUCGAGACUCUGCCUGACAAACUGAGGAGGACCGAGCAGCAGCUCAGAGACGUAAAAGAGGAGGCCGACGUCCACGAGAGGAGGAACAUGGAGCACAACUCCGCCCUCUCUGAAGUCCGACACAAGGUGGAGCAGCAAGGUGCUCAGCUGGAGACGUUUCAGCAGAGGAACGUGCUGCUGCAGGAAGAGAACAACGUUCUCAAAGAAGGAAUUCAUAACUUGGAGAGGAAGCUGCAGGACAUGAAGGUAGAAAACACGGGGAUGUCUCAGGAUCUGUGUACAAAGGAAGCCAGUGUACAGUAUAUUCAACAGCAGCUGGAGGAGAAGACGCGCGAGUGCAGCGUCCUGUCCAGACAGCUGCAACAGAGUCUGGAUGAUGCACAGAGACAGGUGGACAGCAGCAUGCAGAAGGCUUUGGCCAAAGAGAGAGCGUCUCAGUCUAAAGCCUUGGACCUGCAGAGUCAGCUGAGCAGAGCCAAAGCAGAGCAGAGUCAGCUGCAGCGAAGCAAGGAGGAGAUGGAGCGCCGUUUCCAGAGUCAGCUGCAGAACAUGAAGGACAGACUGGAACAGUCAGACUCCACAAACCGCAGUCUGCAGAAUUAUGUUCACUUUCUCAAAACCUCAUAUGGAAAUGUGUUUGGUGACUCUUUGCUCACAAACUGACUGCAGAACUCUUCAACCUGACCAGCAUUUAUCCAUUCUUAAAGCAUUAUAGAUUAUUGUUUUGACUUAAGAGUUUUAGAUACUAUCUAUGAAAUGUAUAAAUCUUUUUUAAAAUGAAAUGUUUUCAUUUGAGUUGUCUGAAAUAUAUUUAUAUUCCUUUGAAUAAAUUACUUUAUGCAUAUCUUUUUGAUUCU